AUGAUUCACUCUGUACUCAUAUUCAACAACGAUGGUGUUCCCAGGUUAAUGAAGUUUUACACCAAUGUCGAUAUACCGACGCAAAAGUUGCUUCUUCAACAAGUACACCAGUUAAUAUCAGUACGAACAGCCCAAGAAUGUUCCUUUAUAACACCACCAAAACUUCUUGAAGAUCUAGACGACAUCAAGGUCAUUUAUCGUCAUUAUGCCACUUUAUAUUUUGUGUUUAUCGUUGAUGACCAGGAAUCUGAAUUAGGGAUCUUAGACUUGAUUCAAGUUUUUGUUGAAUGUUUAGACAAGUGUUUUACAAAUGUUUGCGAAUUGGAUUUGGUAUUUGGUUGGCAAGUGCUACAGACUGUUUUGGAAGAGAUUGUACAAGGAGGAAUGGUUAUUGAUACAAACAUCAAUCGGAUUGUUGCUGCUGUUGACGAAGCCAAUAGUCAAGUCAGUAAUGGUGGUUCUGGCGCUGCCGGUGGUGGUGGUACCAGCACUGCAGCUUCAAUCAGUCAAUCGAUAUUACUGUCGUUGUCCAGAGAUAGAGGAUUUUGGAGCAGAUAA